AUGAUCAAAUUCAUACUGUUUGUAGCCCUAGUGGCCAAUGUUAUACUUAUAGCGUCUCCUACAACCACAGAUUGCGACGAUGAUCCGCGUCCACCACCACCUAUAAAAACUAAAGUUUGCCCUGAUAAUGAGGAAUGGAAUACUUGCGCAAACGGUGGUUGCUACAGCGCUCGAAACUGCUCACAGAUUGGAAACCCUGUCGUUUGCGUUGACCCCGUUGAAUGCAAAGGUGGAUGCUUAUGUAAAGAUAAAUUUUUGAGAAACGAUGAAACCGGAGUUUGCGUACCUACCGAUGAAUGCCCUAAUAACGGUUGUCAUCGAGAAAACGAAAUUUUCGACCUAUGUCCACCAACAUGUCCACCACAAAGUUGUGGAGUAAAUCAAUCGAUCAUUUGUUUUGUACCUAAUCCAGAACCGGGUUCUCCACGUUGCAAACCGUCUUGCAGAUGUAAAAGUGGUUAUCUCAGAAAUGAAAAAAAAGAAUGUGUACUCCCUGAACAAUGCGAUGCAAAGGAUAGAUGUACAGGACCAAAUGAACAUUACACCACGUGCUCUCCGUGUACCGCGGCUACCUGUGGCCAAAUUGGAAAGAAAUUCUCCUGUGUAGCUAUGUGCAGACCCGCCUGUCGCUGUAACGAUGGUUACUAUAGAAACCGCAACGGUGUUUGUGUCCUUGAGAAAGACUGCGAACCUGAGGAUAAAUGUGAUGGACCCAAUGAACAUUACACCAAAUGCUCACCAUGUACUCCUGCAACCUGCGACGAUAUUGGCAAGAACAUUACCUGCACAGCUGCAUGUGUACCCGCUUGUCGCUGUGAUAAAGGUUACUAUAGGAACAGCCAGGACACGUGUGUCCUUGAGAAAGACUGCCCUAAAGUUUGCCCUGAUAAUGAGGAAUGGAAUACUUGCGCAAACGGUGGUUGCUAUAGCGCUCGAAACUGCUCACAGAUUGGAAACCCUGUCGUUUGCGUUGACCCCGUUGAAUGCAAAGGUGGAUGCCUAUGUAAAGAUAAAUUUUUGAGAAACGAUGAAACCGGAGUUUGCAUACCAACCGAUGAAUGCCCUAGUAAAGAACCAAAGGAUAAAUGUACAGGACCGAAUGAAUAUUUCAACUCUUGCGCUUCUUCAUGUGAUCCGGUAUACUGCAACGAAAUUGGCAAGAAUGUCAUAUGCGCACAAGUGUGCAUACCAGCUUGUCGCUGUAAUAAAGGUUAUUAUAGGAACAGCAAGGGUGUUUGUAUCCUUGAGAAAGACUGCCCACCCACAUGCAGUGUUAAUGAAGAAUUUUCGAACUGUACUCAAGCCGUAUGUCGCAACCAAUAUUGCAGUCAGGUUGGUAAGCCCGUCGCAUGCCCAGGUGUAACCGCAGGUUCUUGCGAGACAGGAUGUGUAUGCAAAGAAGGCUACUAUCGUGACCAAAAAGGAAACUGUAUUCCCGAAAAGGAAUGCCCGAGUCAAUGCCCAGCGAACGAGAGAUACGUACAAUGCCCAAGUACCAUGUGUUUACCACAACGUUGUGAUCAACUUGGAUACCCAAUAGCUUGCCCAAGCCCAGGCCCUGACGGCCAGUGCCCCGGCAAACCAGGGUGCAUAUGCGAUGCAGGGUAUGUGAGGAACAAUGAAGGCAAAUGCGUGCCUCAGAAAGAAUGUCCAUCAUGUGGAGGUGAUCCUAAUGCAGAAUCAGGCUGCGGUAAUCAUUGUGGUAGACGAUGUUCCGAUUACAAGAAGAGUAAUGUAGCGUGCCCUCUUUUCUGCAUGCUCAAUGGAUGCAAUUGCAAGAAAGGUUACGUAUAUGAUGACAACAUACGCAAAUGCGUGCUUCCUGAAGAUUGCACUCCAGAUUGUCCUGCAAAUGAGGAAUGGAAUACUUGCGCAAAUGGUGGUUGCUACAGCGCCCGAAACUGCUCACAAAUUGGAAACCCAGUCGUUUGCGUUGACCCCCUUAAAUGCAAAGGUGGAUGCUUAUGUAAAGAUAAAUUUUUAAGAAACGAUGAAACCGGAGUUUGUGUACCUAUCGACAAAUGCCCUAAUAAUGAAUGUGGAAAAAACGAAGUCUACGACCGAUGUCCGCCAGUAUGUCCACCUCAAGAAUGUGGAGUAAAUCCAGCUACAAUUCGGUGUGCGUCUAACCCAAAACCGGGCUCUCCCGAAUGCAAACCAUCUUGUAGAUGUAAAGAUGGUUACGUAAGAAACGACAAAAGGGAAUGUGUACUUCCUGAACAAUGCCGUAUGUAG